AACUACUCCUCCGACUGCAUACCAUUAUACGCAGUAGUAGACUGCUAGUCCUCUGCGUGAAUCGUACAGCUCACAAUGUCUGCCCCGGAAAUCCAUUCCCUUUCGGCCACCCCGAUAACGUCUCAUUCAUUCAAUGGUGAUCGCUCUCAGGUUGCUGUGAGCUUGAACUCGAACGAUGUUACGAUAUACUCGCGCCAGGGAAAGGAUUGGAAUGUUACGGAGACCCUGUCUGAACACGAUAAGCUGAUCACCUCCAUCGACUGGGCCCCCAACUCCAAUCGCAUCGUGACUGCAUCCCAAGACCGGAACGCCUAUGUCUGGCAAGAGACUCCGGACCCACAGACGGGGAAGCUGGUCUGGAAGCCCACGCUGGUGUUGCUGCGCAUCAACCGUGCGGCGACCUUUGUGAGAUGGAGCCCAAAUGAGGAUAAGUUCGCUGUCGCUACAGGUGCUCGCGCCAUUGCGGUCUGCUCCUACGAUUCCGAGAACAACUGGUGGGUGUCGAGGCACCUGAAGAAGCCCAUCAGAUCCACUGUGCUAUCGCUGGAUUGGCAUCCUAACAAUGUGCUGCUGGCAGCCGGAAGCGCUGACAUGAAGGCUCGGGUCUUCUCAGCUUAUAUUAAGGAUGUCGAUUCGAGGCCCCCUCCGUCUGUUUGGGGUGAGAGGCUCCCUUUCAAUACUGUUUGCGGGGAAUACGGCAGUCCUUCCGGUGGCUGGGUACAUGCUGUUGGUUUUUCGCCGUCCGGAGAUGUUCUCGCCUUUGCCAGCCAUGACAGUACCAUCUCGAUCGUUUAUCCCAGCGGACCGGUCAUUUACACGAUCAAGCUGAACUCCUUGCCCUACGUAACAUUGUCGUGGACUUCCGAAGACUCCCUGAUUGCAGCGGGACAUGACUGCCAACCUAUAGUGUUUUCUGGUAGCGCUGGGGGAUGGCACCUGGUCGGAACCUUGGACGAUACGAGCGCUGCUAAGCAGAGCGGUGGAACUCGCGGUUUUGGGGUAGCGGGUUCGCAAGUCGGCCGCCUGAAUAGUGCUGCGUUCCAUACCUUCCGCCAGGCGGACAGCCGAGGAACUUCGUCCCCUACGUCCGCUGCCGGGUCUGGUUCCACUGAUACCGAGCUGCUGACCGUGCACCAGAAUACCAUCACCAGCAUCAGGCCCUUCUCGGGCACCGCGGAUCGGGUUGCCCAGGUGAGCACCACGGGUGUCGAUGGGAGAUUGGUCAUCUGGGACGUCAAUAAUGUGACGGAGCUGACUGGGAAGAUGGGAGCUUUGAGACUUCACUGAGGCGGGUGUGGAUCAUAUGAAUAAUACUGCCUAGUAACGACCCGGAAUAAGAAUGUCUUACAAUAAUGCGUGACGACUACAUAUGUGAUUGAUGGUCGGUCA